CGUAGCUCGUGAGGGGAGGGGCCAUCCCGAUUCUCCCCGAGCCUGAGGCCGGCAGGGUGCGGUCGCCGCUCGCGUUCUUCCGGCUCUUCCGGUUUCGGUGCGGCUCAGCCACACUUCCCUCUGACGGCUAGAGCGCCGGCCCUGGGGAGCGCCUCCCGUCAGCCCCUGCACGUCCAGUCAGCACCCCAGCCCCGAGGGCCGCGGCGGCCCCGGCCCCGUCCUCGCGCCCCAACACUGCCCCCUUGCUUCCCCGGAUGAGCGCUGCCUCCCCCGCCCUGGCCCCUAAAAUGUCCCAUAGUCUGCGGAAGGUCUUCCCGACAGCCGCGGAGGAAAACCCGGGCAGCAGCUCGCGCUGUGUUUCAGGCUGCAUGUACCAAGUAGUUCAGACGAUUGGCUCGGAUGGAAAAAAUCUUCUGCAAUUACUUCCAAUUUCUAAUUCUUCUGGAAGUCUUAUUCCAAUAGUUCAAUCUCCAGUCAUGUCUGAUGCUUUAAAAGGGAAUACAGGAAAACCAGUUCAAGUUACUUUUCAAACUCAGAUUUCCAGCUCUUCCACAAGUGCAUCAGUUCAAUUGCCCAUUUUUCAGCCAGCCAGUUCUUCAAACUAUUUUCUUACAAGGACAGUAGACACAACAGAAAAAGGUAGAAUGGCAUCUGUGGGAACUGAAAAUUUUACAUCAUCAGUUUCUAAAGUUAAGAGUCAUGGUGUGAAAAUUGAUGGACUCACCAUGCAAACAUUUGCUGUUCCUCCCUCAACAAAACAUGACUCAUCUUACGUUGUAGUCAAUACCCCAAAUCUUCCAAUGACUCUGAAGUCUCCAAUUUUGCCAUCUAGGCAUCAUUUACAGAUUCCAGCCAAUGCUGAAGUGAAAUCUAUACCUGCAUCAUCCUUGCCUCCUUCAGUUCAGCAAAAGAUACUGGCAACUACAACCACAAGUACUUCAGCAACAGUUGAGGCCUCCCAAAUACCAAGAGUUAUUUAUGUAUCUCCUGUAAAAACAGUGAAAAAUGUAAUUACCAAGAACUUUCAAAAUAUUUACCCAAAACCUGUUAAAGACAUAGCAAAACCAGUGAUAUUAAAUACCACACAAAUUCCAACGAAUGUUGCUGCAGAGACACAAUUAAAAAGUGGUCAGCAUUCUCAAGGUGCUCCAGUGAAAUGGAUUUUUCAAGAAAAUCUACAGCCUUGUAUUCCAUCUCUUGUUCCUGUUAAAUCUUCAAAUAAUGUGGCUUCAAAGAUUUUAAAAAAUUUUGUAGAUAGGAAAAAUUUGGGAGCUAAUAAUGUAAAUACUGCACUGUUGAAUACCAUCACUUCUGGUGGGACACAGUCUAUAAGUAUGCCUAUUAAAGAUAAUGCCUUGGUAAUGUUUAAUGGGAAAGUCUAUCUGUUGGCUAAAAAGGGGACAGAUGUUCUGCCAUCACAAGUUGACCAACAGAAUUCUUUUUCUUCUGAUAUUCCACUAAGAAAAGAUACUUCACAGGUAGUGAGUACAACUCCAGUAACAGAAAUAUCCAGAGAGGUUGUAAAUAUUGUUUUGGCUAAAAGUAAGUCUUUUCAGAUGGAGACAAAUUCCCAGCUUGAUUCCAUGGCUAAUCUAAGUACAGAGACAAAUAAGAAAGAGGAGAAAUCAUCUCUUUUUACCACAAACCCUCAUACUAUGAACCAAUCCACUAACUACUUUAAACAGAGUAAGACUUUAUUUACAAAGCCAGUUUUUCCAGAUGGACUUAGUACAGGACAAAAUGCCCCCAGACAAGGAAAUAUCAUCCAGAGCAUAGAGAAAAUAUGUUCCUCUGUUGACGCAACAGCUGUUACUUCACAACAGUGUGUUUUCAGAGACCAAGAAUUAAAGAUCCAGAAUGAAAUGGCAGCAACAUUAAAAAAAGGUACUCAAGAAAGAAAUGACAAGAAAUAUUCUCAAGGAAGCAGUAAUAAGGCAUCAUAUCUGAAGAGUGAUGCUGAAUUUAAAAAGAUAUUUGAUGUCACGAAAGAAUUGAGAGUGUGCCUUACUCGAAUUCCUGACCAUUUGGGCUCUGGAAAAGGGUUUGAUUCCUUUAGCAGUUCAUUGAAGAGUAGUACUUACAAAGAGGCAGAAUUUGUAGUAAAGGAAGAACAAGAAAAACAGAGUUUUGUUAAGAAAAGAAAAGCAAAAACCAUUAAGAAGAUGGAAUACACAAAGAGGAGAAAAACCAAGAGUGCUGUUAACACAGUCAUAAAUGGGGCAACUAAUGUCAUCAGUUCCCAACACCUUAGUAAUACUUUACCAUCUUCAGAUACAUCACAACAUAACCUAAGCCACAGCAAAAUCAGGGAAGAAAGGAGAACUGAGUUAGAACACUGUUCUCAUGAGAAGCAGGAGAAAGGCACAUUGAGUUCACUUGCAGCUUCUGAACACAGUAAUUCCUUUAAUAAAAACUAUACUGAAGAUAUUUUCCCAGCGACACCACCAGAAUUAGAAGAAACCAUCCGAGAUGAAAAAAUAAGAAGACUUAAGCAGGUACUAAGAGAGAAAGAAGCAGCGCUUGAAGAAAUGCGUAAGAAGAUGCACCAAAAACAAUAAAAUGUAUUUAAAAUUUCAAUGAAAUAACACUGUUUCAUAAAUAGACUGUUGUAUUUAUAUGGAAGUUCUCCCUUUAUCUGUCUGGAACAUAUUCAAGAACACUGGAUGCCUGAACCCAAAGAGAAUACCAAAUCCUGUAUACAGAGCUGGAGAGAUUGCUUAGUGGUCAAAGAUGCUUACUUGCAAAGCCUGAUGCCUGUGGUUCAAUUCCCCAAUAUCCAUAUAAUGCUCGAUGCACAAAGUUGCACAUACAUCUACAGUUGGUUUGAAGUGGCAAGAGGUCCUGGUGUUCCCAUUCUCUCUCUCUCCUCAAAAAAUAAAAAUAAAAAAAAAUCCUGUAUACAACCUUUGUAAUACCGUGGCAGCCAUUCUGAUAACUCUGGUAUAUAGUUAGAUUUGUAACAGGCUGGAGUGUCUGCAGUGUUGAUAUGCUAGAUGAAGCAGUGAUUCGUUUCCUGAGAAAGACAGAAUUCUCCUAUUGGGGUAUUUCUCAAUAAUUUUGGAUAGGAGUUGACAAUGGGUAACUGAAGACACUGCAAAUCUACAGAUUGCAGGAGACUACUGUAAAUUAAUUCUGGACGCAUUCUGAAAAUAGAUUUGGGAAAGAAAACUUUUCAUUCAUUGAUUAUAUAAAGUUUUAUUUAAGGAAUUCAGAAAGGUUGACAAAUGACUUUUGAGUAAUCUACAUGGUUUUUGGAAACAUACUGUUUUUGGAAGAAAAAUUUGUAUUUUUCUAUGAACUGAAAUCCCCAGGUUUGAAUAUGUUUAAUGAGUUUUUGUUACUGUAUCUUUAAAUUACUGAGAUCUAUUCUAAUAAUAAUUAAUUAUUAUGUGCUGUUGAAAUUCUACAAUGCAAAAUGAGAUGUCACCCGUAAGCUUAACUUUACCAUUGAGUUUGUAUGUAUGCUUUCAUGGUCACUUUACCCAUAAAAAUAAUACCUUCUACU